AUGAGCUUCCUCUCCCGCGUGGUGACUUUCUUCGGCCUCGUCCUGAUAGUUCACGCGCUACUCGGCCACGAACACACUGUCCUUUACAGCAACCGCACAUCCACUGCCCUCCCACAAGACAUUAUCAUCGAAACCCUCGUCUCCGUACUAAUCGUUUCCAUCGGACUGGUGCUGAGCGCGCAGAAGUUGAAGCCGAUUAGCUGGCGCGAAUGGGCGGGCGAGAUUGAACGGGAUGGCGGAGCGCGCAACCCGUACCUGAGUCUGGAGGAGCGUUAUGGAUUCUGGGAUAUUCGGGCUAAGCGGAAGGAGUUUGCGGACUGGGUUCGCGGCCAGGAUGUGUCGAUCAAGGAGUGA